CCAUUGUCUGUUUUCAAUUUUAGCUUGUUUUUCCGCAAUGUGUAUGAAGUUGCGUCUUUUCUUGUCCAGGAUGUUAUGUCUUGCUUCGCUAAACAAAAAGUGGGCAGUCCCUGCUCAGGCCUGUAAGAGCUGACCAAUCAGAGCAGACUAGGCGGGGUUCCUUAAAGAGAUAGGCACUAGACAGAUGGUGAAGACAAGUGCUGCGGGAAUGGACAGUAGUUUGAGUGGGAAAAAAAUGUUUUUGAACAUUUGAGCUUGUAAACAUUACUUGUAGACACACAAAAUGGAAGCAUGAAAAUGAAAAUAAUACAGGAUCUUUACACAUGUAGUCUUCCUGACCAAUAUGAGAAGCAGUUCAGUGAUAUCAGAUGAAGAGACAGGCAGAAGUUGCAGCCGCCAUUCAGUUCCAGAUGCGGCAUUGUGGCCACCAUGAAAGAAAAAAAAACGCCCUCCUUCAUCAUGGUGGCCAAAUGUUCAAUCCCUGUGUGGUCACACUCACCGCAGCCACACAUGCAGGUUGUCAGAAAUGUGUCAUCUUUAGGCCUUCCGGAGGGAAAUAUCAAAGUCAAAACAAUCAUCCUCCAUGAAAGGACAGAGCAGAACUGCACCUACGUGGCUUUGAUGUGGUCGGAGCAGGCAGGCGGCAUGCACAAAUCCCAGUAAUCCCUGACACUAAAACUGUACUGCACUGCUUGAUCGGCGCUGACACACCCCCUACUGUGCCUCUCCUCCCACUAGGUUCAGUCGUUCCAGUUCAGGAAAAAUGACGCUACAGGACAGAGACAGUGCCUAUAAGAGAUUCUCUCUCUCAAGACUGGAAGCUCAAACCACAGAGGGCAGGCAGUUAUAUUUCCAGGCUUGGGAGGGAGUCCAGCUCGAGACUCAUAAAGGACAGAGUCCGGAGAGUGUUAUUUUAUGGGCCCAGAUGUGUUGAAUAAAUCAUUUUCCCAGGACCUAAUUAAACACUUACUGCCCAGCCCUGUUAAGCUAUUAACAUCUGCUCUACCAAAUGAACUAGGAAGGGCUCCAGCGCCGGAUGGAUCCAACCACAAAAGACAGAAUGAACAGUGAAAUCGAGUUGUAGACCUCUCCAUGCAGUGCAAAGUCUGUGAUGGAUGUGGUGGAUUUGAGGAGUCUCAGAGCCUGAGGAAAGAAGCUGCACCGUUGUCCGGCAGUCCAGCAGCGGAUGCUUCUGUAUUGCUUGCCAGACAGCAGCAGGGUGAAUGUGCUGUGGCUGGGCCGGUUGGAGUUACAGUAACAAGAUCUUAUCAGUCACAUGCUGCGACAGGCCGAUCACAAAGCAUCAAGGAAGCGAACGACUUGAAACGGCACGUCAACAUCCCUCGCUCUCAUUUAUCAUUUCAGCUGGAUGCUCGGUGAAGCAUGGUGCUGAAGAUGGUUAGGACGCACUUAAUGGGGCCACUGUCAUGGGGCCGGGUCAAAUGGCCGCGUAUAAUGGGAACAGGAGUCCUUUAUCUGCUGCUGCUAUCAACCUGUCUCGGCCAAGACACUGAAGCCGUCUUCGAGAGCUGUGCAGUAAUGUUGCUCUAUCCGGUGAAUGUGGGUGUUUUUGUGUUUCCCUGCGCUGCCAAAGACGGAAAGGAGGAAAGCGAGGAGGAGAAUCCUACCAGAAGCUUUUAUUAUCGUUCGCAAGACCUUCGACGAGACUGGCAAUACGAGGAAUGUAAACUGUCUCGAUCGGGUCCUCCUGCCACCAUCGUUGCCAUAGAUGAAGAAAGCCCCAACGGAACGUUACUGGUGGAGAACAUGCAGAUAAAUGGCGUGGCCGAGGGUCCGGAUCGUACCAUCUCUCUGUCCCUAAGGGAUAACUACGACCACUGGGUGAUCCUCGACCCCUCAAAACAAGCUCUUUACCUUAACAGCACCGGACGGGUUCUGGAUAGAGAUCCCCCCUCGUACAUUCAGUCCAUCGUGGUGCAGGUCCAGUGCACCAAUGAGCUGGUAGGAACUGUGAUUUUACACGAAGUCCGCAUCGUUGUUCGAGACCGCAACGACAACGCGCCAAGCUUCCAGCAGCCGAGAUACUACGUCGCCGUCAGUGAGCUGACGCCAGUAGGAACCACCAUCUUCUCUGGUUUCUGGGGGAACAACGGGGCAACAGACAUCGACGACGGUCCCAACGGACAGAUAGAGUACACCAUUCAGUACAACCCAAAAGACCCGACAACAAACAGAACCUUUGACAUCCCUCUGACACUGUUCGGCGCUGUAGUUCUCCGGGAAAGACUCAACUACGAGGAGAUAACGCGGUACCUGGUCAUCAUACAAGCAAACGACCGAGCCCCCUAUCCCAGUGAGCGCCGUACGGCCACCACCACUCUGACUGUGGACGUUCUGGAUGGUGAUGACUUGGGCCCCAUGUUUCUGCCCUGUACGCUUGUGGGAAACACCCGCGACUGCAGUCCCAUCACGUAUCGGGCUAAUGUGCUGGAGCUGACAGAGCCGAAUAAGGUGAGUCCCCUCAAUGUGACUCCACCAAUUCAAGCUGUGGACCAGGACAGAAACAUACAGCCUCCCUCUGACAGGCCUGGGAUUCUCUACAGCAUCCUCAUAGGCAAGCCAGAGACCUACGCAGAAUACUUCAGCCUGAACAGAACCACAGCGGAGCUCCUGCUUCUGAAGCCCGUCGAUAGAGAGCUCCACCGCCGAUUUGAUCUGGUUAUCAAGGCAGAGCAGGACAACGGUCACCCCUUGCCGGCUUUUGCCAACCUUCAAAUCGAAGUUCUGGAUGAAAAUAACCAGGCACCCUACUUCCUGGAGACCAGUUACCAUGGCUACGUCAGUGAAGCAUCACCGGUGGGGACCACGAUAUCGUCCAGUGCCAGCCUUUCUGCUCCGCUGGCCAUCGUGGCCCUGGAUAACGAUGUGGAGGAGACCCGGGAUCCUCAGCUCCAGCUAUCCCUGGAAGGCCAUUUUCAUGUUUUCUCCGUGUCUGCAUCUGGAAUCAGAAGAUAUAUCACGCUGGUGCAGCCACUGGACAGAGAGACACAGGACUCCUACACAUUCACGCUCCUAGCAUCCGACGGCGUCCAGGAGAGCAUUCCGGUUAGCGUGACGGUUACGGUGCUGGACGCUAACGACAACACUCCUACUUUUGCUAACGUCUCUUACAACGUUAAUCUUUUUACUAAUAUGGCGCCUGGAGAAACUGUGUUACAGCUGUCAGCAGUUGACUAUGAUGCAGGUCCCAACGGUCAGGUUACAUAUCGGAUCUUAGCCGGUGACCAAGGACAUUUUCUCAUCAGCAACAGCACGGGGGUCAUCACCGUGGCACCAGGUGUUGAACUCACUGUUGGACGGAGCUACGCUUUGACCGUAGAAGCCAUAGACAACGGGCCUGUACCUCAUAGGCGGUCAUCCAUUACUACGGUCUAUAUUGAAGUUUUGCCCCCAAACAACCAGAGCCCUCCCCGUUUCCCCCGGCAACAGUACAGCCUGGAGAUCAGUGAAGCGAUGAGGACUGGAGCCACUCUGCUGAACCUGCAGGCGGUGGAUCGUGAGAAGGACCCCAUCACCUACAACAUCCACAGUGGAGACCGUGAAGGAUAUUUUGUACUACAGCAAAGUUCCGGGUAUUUGCUACUGGACAAGCCUCUGGACAGGGAGUCUCUGGAUUAUUAUACCCUGGUGGUCACAGCCUCAGACGGACACCCAGACGGAACCUCCACUGCGACAGUGAACAUCGUGGUGACAGAUGUAAACGACAACGACCCGCAGUUCGAUUCCUCACUGCCAGUGAACCUCACUGUCAUCGAAGAGCAGGACAACGCCUACGUCGGACAGGUCAAGGCUACAGACCCAGAUCUGGCUGCGAGCGGUCAGGUCCAUUAUCGGCUCGUCAACCACCAGACGCUGUUCUCCAUCAAUGCCACAGGCGCGAUCAGAACUGCGGUGCCAUUGGACAGAGAGGUGAAAGGCCACUACUUUCUGAUCGUUGAAGCCUCGGACGGUGCAGUGGAUCCACGGCGAUCCAGACUAACGCUGUCAAUCACCGUUCUGGAUGUAGACGACAACAGCCCGAUAUUCACGCAGCAGACUUACAAUGUCAGCCUACCAGAGAACAGCCCCAAAGAUACAGUCAUUCUACAGUUAAAGGCGAUAGACGCUGACCUUGACUCCAACCUCACAUAUCGAAUCAAAACUGAAGGCUCGGACCAGGUGAUUGCAGAACUUUUCCACAUGGACCCAGUGACCGGAGAGCUGUCGGUUCUGAAAGUUCUCGACUACGAGGCUCUGACUGACUCCAACCCGAUAUACACAUUCAGCGUAGAGGCCAUGGAUACAAAGGGAACAAUGCCUCCUGGACUCGCCUCUGUUACUGUCAGAAUAAUGGACAUGAAUGACUUUUCUCCGGUAUUCAGCCAGUCAGUGUACCAAGGCAUGGUUGCCCCUAAUGCUGUCAAGGGAACCAUCGUAACCACAGUGAUGGCCAAUGACUCUGACCCUGCGGGUACCCCAGCAGGACGAGUGCGCUAUAGAGUGGACUAUGAGGCUCACCCGUAUUCUGCCAGUAUAUUUGGUGUGGACGAAAAGACCGGAAAUGUGGCAACCAGAGUGAACCUCAACGAGGAGCCAAACCUGAAGUUCAGUCUGGUGGUGGUGGCCUAUGAUGAUGGUGAGCCUGUCAAGGAGAACGCAACUCUGGUCGAGAUCACAGUCCUUCAACCUUCUGUCAUUCCUGUGUUCACUCAGGAAGAAUACAGGUUUGCACCAGUGAGCGAGGAGGCUGCUGUCGGAACCCCAGUGGGAAACAUCGUGGCAGCUGCUGUCAAUCAAACUAUCGUCUACUCCAUCACCGAAGGCAACGAGGGAGGUGUGUUCGCAUUAAACCAGACGACAGGAGUGAUUUCCACCGCCAAGCCCCUGGACUACGAGGCCAACUCCAGCUACGUUCUGAAGGUGGAAGCCGACUCCAUGAGGGUGGCAUCCUCCAACCUCCGAGCUCCCUCUAAGACUAACACAGCUAAGGUGAUAAUUGACAUCCAGGAUGAGAAUGACCACCCGCCCGUUUUCAGCAGAGCUCUUUACAUCGGAGGGGUUGCAGAAGAUGCUAAAACGUUCACAUCAGUCUUGAAAGUACAGGCCCUGGACAAAGACACUGGUAACUACAGUUCUAUGAUGUACCGGCUCAUCAUCCCCCCUCCCCCUGGGAAAGACACUAAAGACAGCAAAGACGGCUUCGUCAUCGAACCGUACAGCGGCGUGGUGAAGACAGCAAUCAUGUACCGCAACAUGAGGAGGUCAUAUUUUAAGUUCGAGGUUGUUGCUACAGACAACUAUGGUCAAGGACACAGCAGCAAGGCGGAGAUAGUGGUGUCCGUCGUGAACCAGCUGGACAUGCAGGUGGUCGUAUCAAACGUCCCUCCAACUUAUGUGGAGAAAAACAAAGACAAGCUGCUCAGCAUUCUGGAACGCUACGUCCAGGAACAGAUACCAGGAGCAAAGGUUGUCGUGGAAACCAUCGGGCCCCAUCGCCAUGGUGAUGGAUUAGAGCAGGAGGACUAUACCAAGUCGGACCUCAUGAUUUAUGCCAUCGACCCGCUGACGAAUAGAGCUGUAUCUCGACAGGAGCUCUACAAGUUUCUUGAUGGUAAACUCUUGGACAUCAAUAAAGAGUUCCAGCCCCUCCUCCCUCCCGGUGGACGGAUUCUGGAGAUCCGAACCCCUGAAGUGGUGACCAGCGUGAAGAAAGCGGUGCAGACUGUAGGCUACACAGAGGGAGCACUGCUGGCUCUGGCGGUUAUUAUAAUAAUCUGUUGUGUCCCCGCCAUAUUGAUCGUCAUUAUUACCUACAGACAAUUCAAAGAACGGCAGGCAGAGUGUGCCAAAACAGCCCGUAUCCAGAUGGCACUGCCAACGGGCAAACCUGGGGGAGGCACUGCCAACAACCUGUAUGAGGAGCUUGGUGACAACGCCAUCCGGGUAAACCACAGCGGUGGGAGCGGUGGCAGCUUGGAUGAAAGCGACCGCCAACGUCUGAUCUCAGAUUUCGCGACACGAGCGAUUGCUGCCCAUCGUCAGUGCGUUGCUAACGGCGGGGUGCUCCACAACCUGCCCAAGUCUGAGUCCAACAUCACCUUUCUCUCUGAUGAAAACCCCCUGACUAUCAAGAAUCCGAUCUACCACGAGGACGGGACUUUGAGUAGCCCAGAGACUCUUGGACGAAGCCAGAGGAGAAAAGACCUUCUUGGGAAUUUCUCCCCUUCCAGGAAAGGCCUUCGAGAAGCCUGGCUGAGGCUCAGUUCCCAUGGGGGCGAAGUAGGAUUUGGUGGGUACAGCGGCAGUGACAGCGGGUGGGGAUCUGGGGGUGGCCACAGCUGGACUCUCCCAUCAAGGUUACAUCGAAGAGAGAUGUAUGACGCUUUGAGACGCCAAGUGGUGAUGGAUCCCGUGCAGUGGGAGCUUGAGCUUCUAAAGGCUGAAUUCAAGGAGAGUAAAGAUGCUGGUCUGGACUCAGGAUUUGACCGCGGGUUGGAUUCAGAUUUAAUGGGGAGUCCAAGUCUGGAACCCAAGUUGACCGUCAAAGAACAAGCUAGACAGUUUGAGCAACAGGCACUUCAGGAAAUGAGGCAAAGGCAGAACAGAGAUUCACGAGGAUCUUUGUCGCCUGAUAUGCUACUUUCUGUUUUCCCUGAGUCUCCUCAGCAUAACAAACACACUCCGACCCAUAGCGCCUCAAGUUUUCCAGUUAAAGAGGGUCCCCCAAGUAUCAUUGUCACCCACAUUGAUGGAGGGACCCCUCCGCCGAGUCACAAGCCAACUCCUCCAGUGCUGCGGCGAUUCGGGGCAAAUUUAACCGGAAAUCAGAGUGCGGAAGAGAAACUUCAGGUCCCUUUGGGCUGUAUCCCCGAUCCUCCAUCCACUCCUCCACCACCACCACCAUCUCAGUCCCCACCACCUCCACCUCCAUCCCCACCACCUCCCCCACCACCUCCCACAUUUGCUCCUCUCGCUCCUUCAUCUCCCCCUCCACAACCCCCCUCCACCCCUCCUCCUCUCCCCCCUGCUUCACCUAAUACCAACCAUACAGAAAAGCAGCUCCCUCAUCCCCCACCUCCUCCACCUCCCCCACCACCACCUCUACCUCCCCCUUCGUCGCCCUCACUCCUACGUCCAUCAACCUUCGUCCUACCGUCAUUCUCAGAGGCGCCGGCCCUGCGGCCCGUGUCCCUCAGGCCGCCACCGCCACCCCUCCAUGCUGAGCCUGAACCUCCCCGAAAAGAGCUGAAAGGAAUCUUAAAGAACAUCCAAAACAUCGCGGACAUCGAGAAGUCGGUGGCCAACAUGUUCAACCAGAUAGAUCAGAAACAGAUCCCGCUCAAGAAGGUCAUGAAGAGCCGAGCCUCCAUUGAUUCUCUCGAUUCGCUUGACUCCUUGGAUGCUUUAGCAGGAGGAGAAGGAGGCGCAGCAGAGGGAGUGGAGGUUGGUAGAGAAGGAGCAGGAGAUGCAGGUGGAGAGGGUCUUCCACCUCCACCUCCACAGAUUCAGCCCAACCCAAACAUGAACUCCAUCGUGGAAGAGCUUGAGAAGCGAUUCCCCUCUCAGUCUACAAUGCUCUAGCCUUUGCCUUGAUCUUACGGAAAAGCACACAGAUGGGAAUUUCGGAACAUCGUGGCGUAGCUGCUGUGAAGUUGUGAAGCUGUCAGGGGACUGAUGCUGAAAAUAGCUCAGUGGGAUGCUGUGAUGAUUUGGUGAUUUUUACCGUGCUACAGCUGUGCUCUUCCAACAUGACUUCCUGUUUUCUACUUAUGAAAAGGGAGGAAAACUAGGCCUAAUAUAAACUCUGCGGGUAGAAGAAAAUGUUUCUCCUCUCAAAUGAUAGUACUUGUUGCAAACUGUAAAGGAAAGUGGAGCAGGUGAAGCAGAAUGAAAGGUCAGAUCUUUUAUAGCCCAAAUAAAUUCUGCCAUCAAACGGCUGGAAGAGGCUUCUACUCCUUGUGACUGUAUGCUGCACUGUUUCCCUUUGACUGUUUACAUGACAAUAGAACGAUUGCAGGAGUGUUCGGAAGUAAGAAAGAAAUGAAAAGUUAGUCAGAGGUCAAGUCUUUAUUUUUAUUUGUAUUUGUGCUCCCAUUUGAGUAAACCUUAAGCUGAAUUUGAUAGCCUGCUUCCCAAACCAACUCUGAAGUUGAAGUAGAUGUUUGGAGGGCUUACUCAACAUAUCAGGGGGCUUUUUGUUAAAUGAAGAAAACUGGCCUCAAGAGCUGCAGAUGGGAGCAGUGAAAUCUUCUUAGUAGUAGUGGCAAAAUGUCUCCUGGACAACUUCCAGUUUUUGACAACUCACUAACAUUUUUACAUAUAUGCCAAGUAAUUGACAUUCUUGUCAACAACUAAUUAUAAUCAAUGGGAGACAUAUGAUUGUUGAUGGGGCCACUUGCCGUUCUGAGAAUUUACUUUCACUUUUACAGUGGCUUUAACACAGACCAUAUGGUCAACUAUCUGAGAUGGUAGAUGUAGUGAGUAGGAUAAGGAUAAUCAAGUAGAGAAGGAGAGAAUAAUGUUAAACCUGCCAACUUGGAUUGAGCUUUGCUGGACAUGGAUUCUUUUGUUUUUCUGCGCUGAUAGUUUUCCUGCAAAAUUUCACUGUUACAAGGCGAGGAUCAUUUCAUCGUUAUUCACUGUUGCAUAGUUACAGCAUGUAGUAACACUUGAUGUAAGAUCACAGAUUCUGUCUGCUCUUUACUGUAGCAUGUCGAUGGCUGCACAUCUUUCCAUCUUUGUAUUCAUUUGAUUCGAUGCAUAAUUAAGCGUCUUUCUCGACCCCAUCCCUUAGAAAUUGCCGUUACAUAUUAUUACAUUGUUUAUGCUACAAAACAUAAUGGCUGGCUUGAUUAUCUUCAAGGGCGACUCUUGUGAAUGAAACAAUACAUUUAUGUACCCACAUAGGCCUCCUAUUCAGGGAUGAAUGGCAGGCAUACAAAGUGAAGCACUUCGAUUCUCAGAGUACCAUCUGUAAUUACAUUUAGGCAGCAAAACAACUUUGGUUAAGGUCAGGAAAAGAUGCUGGUUUGGUUACAUGAUGAUAAUCUCUUUGUGUUUUGUGAUUCAAGUCACUGCGGACUCCUGCUGUGUUUUUUUUCCCUCUUCAUAACUAAGUGCUGCCAGAGCCUAAACAUAACGAUUUUUUUAUAGUGUAUUUGAUCAGGAUAAUGUGCAACACAUGUACAAUACCAGAUAUAGCUAAAAGCCUAUUUUCAUGCGUAUUCAAUUACACGCCACACCUCAGGCAUGUAAGUCAUAAAAAUGUUAAUUUUACAUUCCUACAUCAUGUCAAUAGAAAAUAUAAUCCUGCCAGUAUUACAUAUUCUGUAUGACAAAGUUACUGCUGCAAAUUAGUUGCACAUGAGCAUCAAUUCUCUAUAGAUAGGGUUCAUCUUUUUAUAUCAAUAUUUAAUGACAUCAGCAUGUGUUGAAACUUCCAAACACAAACACUUAAAGUGAAACAUUCUUAAAGUGGCCGUUAUUCAUUUGUCAUUUUGUCUGUUCUGCUUUUUGUUUUAAAUACUGAUUUAGUCGGUAGUCAUUUUUAUAAUCACUCAUUCGUCUCUAGCCUGUUGAUACAUAUCUUUUAAAGGCUCAUUUUGUCUUUCAGUUGUUGUCCAUCUUCCAUCAACUCUCAUUUAAUUUAGAUCCACACUGUCUGAUGUCCUCCAUGUUAAUGUUCAACAAGGUCAUGUGAAUGUUUGUUUUUCAAGGGGACAACUGUAAGUAUGUAGGUAGGUGCAUAGCUACAGUAGCAUGUCUAAAGCAUUUAUGUAGAGUGACAUUUCUAUUCACAAUUAUGUGCUACAUUUUUAUGACUUGUUUUUCUAGAAUGUUCUGUUGUUUCUUCCAACCAAGGUUUCCUUUGGUCAAAAUCAUUGUGUGGGAACAAGUGGGAAGUAAUUAAUAUGCAAUGGACGUGAGACAUUUUUCUCAAUAAAAUGUGUUGCUGACUCAGA